AUAGCGCGGCCUGAGAGAGCGCUUCUCUUCUCCGCAGGCCGCGAGCCAACCAAUCCGCAAGCAAAAAGGGAAUCUGGGCAUGGCACCGCAGUCGCAGUGUAGCUAUUCCCAGUCUUUUAACAGGCGGAGCUAACGCCUGUGCAGGAGAAAUUUAUACACGGAAACAUGCGAAAUAAGUCACUUAAAGUUUCUUUUGGAAACAAAAACCAUAAGUAACUAAAAUAGCUAGCUAGACACGUAACUAUAAUUGACAACAUUUAAACACAUUUCGAAUGGUCGUUAAUUUGGAUAGCGUGGAAACUUGCGAUAUGUAGCUCUCGAUAGCUAGCAGUUGUAGUGUUUUGAAUCGUUUACUGAAGUAAAGGUGAACGCUAGGCUUUUCAGUGAUUAAUCUCGUGUUGUGUGGCUUGCCAGCUCAAGAUGAAAUACCUAUUGCAGGUAAAGAUAGGCGCGCUCGUGGGCUUACUGUUGCUCACCCUGUUUAUCGGAUUCAUUCCUGUCCGGAUGAAAUGGUUCAGGGAAACAAGCGGGACAGAAACCCACAAAGUGCUGCUGAGCUUCAUCAGCUGUUUCGCGGGAGGCGUCUUCCUCGCCGCCUGUCUUCUCGACAUCAUUCCAGACUACCUGUCUGACAUCGGGGCGGAGCUGGAUGCACGAGGAGUGGAUACCAGCUUCCCUGUGCAAGAGUUCAUCAUGGCAAUGGGGUUCUUCCUGGUGCUGAUCCUGGAGCGCAUUGUGUUGAACUGUACUGGCCGGAGGGGAGAGGAGAGUGCCCCUCUCCUUGGCCAAACAGGCCACGGGCACGGGCAUGGGCACGGCACAAAUGAUCUGGAGGGCAGUGCCCAGCAUGUCCACGUCGACUUGCAGGCCCACUCCUCCUUCCGUUCAUUCAUACUCUUCCUCUCCCUCUCCCUCCACUCUGUGUUUGAGGGCCUGGCAAUUGGCCUCCAGUCCACAGAGUCCAAGGUACUGGAAAUCUGCAUCGCCAUCCUGGUCCAUAAAAGCAUAAUUGUCUUCAGCAUGUCCGUCAAGCUGGUGCAGAGUGCAGUCAAGCCUUUAUGGGUGGCGGCCUAUGUGGGCGUUUUUUCAGUGAUGUCACCCCUAGGCAUCGCUGUGGGGAUCAGCGUGAUGGAGGCGCAGCUGGAGUCCAGCGCUCUCAUCCAGUCCGUGCUGGAGGGCCUUGCCGCGGGGACCUUCAUCUACAUCACCUUCCUGGAGAUCCUGCCCCAUGAGCUGAACUCUCCCGAGAGACCGCUGCUCAAAGUGCUCUUCAUCCUGCUGGGCUUCAGCGUCAUGGCCGGGCUCACUUUCAUGGGCUGAAGAGGACGCCCCCUGAAAGAGAGAGAGAGAGAGACUCAGCAGCAGCUGUUGGCACAGGGUGGCCUAAUGGGAUGGGCCAAUGCGCAAGUCCCCUUGCACUUCAGUGAGAUCAUACUGAGACAUUAUACCUUUUAUCUGAAUAGUGAAAACAAAAUGUGCUGCGGACAACCUCAUCUCGUAGAGGCUUUAGUUUAGCUUUUUUUGUUUUAACAUUGCACAACGCCACUGCAAAAUGAUAUUUUAUGGCUUUUAACGAAAGUGCCCAUCUGUUUAAUUUGAAAAUGACUGUUUUUUCCUUUCACUUUGUCAUGUCAAAUAGAAUUUUAACUACUUCAUUUUAAUCUGCUAGCUUCUAACUGACAUUAAAUAUAGGAGCAGAUGAUUGUUUUAUUCCAUUUGGAAUGUCAGUAUUUGUAUAUCAGUAACAGUGUUCUGGCAGAGAGACUUUUUAUAUUCACCCCUUAAAUGCCAAAGGUUUUUUAAAUUGUGUUAAGGAGAGCUUAAGGCAAAGUCUAAAAUUAGAUUUACAACGUAUAUAGAUCUGUGUGAAGGCACACACAUUUUGCUCAGAAACUCCUUUUUGCAGUGUCCACACCACUGCCUUCAGACAUGGAUUAAGUGACUCCAGCUUGGAGAAAGUGCCAAAAAAAAUGUUACCCCAGCCUGUUUUGUAACUCUGGUGAAUUGUGGCACAACACAGUUGUAGGGGAUUAUGAUGAAGAUGAGCAGUGCCAGUCUAUGCAAGGAUGUGUCAUCAGUGAGACAACAAUGGCAUAGAUUUGACCAAUGAGGAAAUUAGUGCUUAGGGGUUUGUAGGCUGAAACUGACUUGAACAGUAGAAUUGAGAAGGCUCAGUAACAACUGAGCUGUGUCCAUUUAGUUAGGCUGAGCUUAUGCAGGUCUUACAAUCACUGUUUUCUGUGCCCACUGUGGUAUUUAAGAUGAGCAAUAUUUCAUAACAUUUUGUAAUGUCCAAGUAUAUUAAUACAAAGUCAUUGUGUGUGAUAGGGUCAGUUAAAACAGUGUAUUGCCUGAAUGUUUUAGUGUGUGUAGAGCCUAUGGCAAUCUGUACCUACCAGGAAUUUGUAAUAUAUGCAGCGACUUGGUCCCUGGCUUGCAUGGUAUUGCUAGAUCUUUUCCACCUUUUGUUUGAUGUGGGCUUAUUCUGUCUGAAAUAAGGUUUUUUAUGUAGUGAUGGUGUUGCAGCCGCAAGCCUUGCUCACGCAUACCCUUUUUAUGGCACACAAGCAAUGAAUCCAUUCUGUGCGUAUCCAUGUACGUAUAUUGUAAAUCAUAUUUAAUUGUAUAUUUUGUUCAUAGUUCUAAGUUUUAGUAAAUACUGAGGCACAUGACUGUUUUAGACUACUGGAAACAAAGGGUUGUGUAAAUUGACUUGCAUCUUAACUGAAUAUACAUUUUUAUUCAGUCAAAUCAGGUUGAGACCCAAAUACCUCUGUUUGUGCUGGUAAUGUGUAUCAUCUUUGUAAGUGUUUACAUGCUAUAUGUUGCACUGCUCUGACAUUUGUUAUUGUAUCUGUGAAGAAAUGCAUACAUGAAUGUGCAUAGACAUAUCUGUCCUGCAGGUGAUUUUUUUUACAUGUCAUGUUAUUUCAAAAACAGCAGUUGAACACAGCUGCUAGUGAUUUUUAAGUUACUUUUGUAAAGGAGUAAACCCAAACAUCUUUAAAAUGUCUUAACUUUUAGGCAUUCAUAUUAUCCAGUGCUUUUCACUAUCAUGCAAUGUAAAAAAUACCAGAUAUGGUGGAUUUUAGUGGGUUUCCCAGAAACCUGAGGUUUUCACUCAUUUGAAAAGUAUGAGUGCUGGUUCCUUUUUAUCAACAGUCAUGCCAGUAUAAGAAACCCUGAACAGAGGAUCAGUCUAUUCAGUUUACAAAAUGGCUUUAAUAUACAGGUACCCCAGAGGAUUGCCGGAGUGUCCACAGUUCAUGUGACUCUAGCCUUGGUUAUCAUCCAUGUGUCAAAGCAAAUAGCAGCUUUGCAUGUCAUGAGUCUGAACUGAGAAGUGUGCAGGGACUACAGGAGCCCUACUUUUAGCUACCAGUCACAUAGGAGAAACCCCCUACUGUUGCCUUUGUUUGGCCUUGGUGCCUGAGGGUUCUCACUGUAGAGCAUGGCUGCCAUCAACCAUGUUGUCAUGCUUUAAGAAUAAACUAGAAUACAUGUCUAGUGUGUGAGCCACAUCCGUAGUUCAUUGGCCUCAUUUUCAGUUCUGUAGCAUUUGAGAGAAACAAAAAAGGGAGGAAGCUGUACUGCGAUAUCUCUGAAAGCAUCUACAAAUCAAAACUGAAACUAAACGGGGCAGUAAAGUGAAAGAAUAAUGGCAGAUGCAGGAGUGUGUGUUUAAAAACUGAUACAGUAUAUUUUGCACUCCUAUAAACUAAGUGAACAGUAAGCCCGUGUAUGAAGGUGUACCAAACCUGUGGUAUUUUACACUAUCUUCCACUUGAUAUUACUGCACUGAUAAGGUACCAUUUGUGCUACAAUAACUCUGAGUACCUGGUGAGGGAAUCCUCUGGCCAAACUGCAUUCCCUCCCGUUCCUGCAUUACCAGUGUUCACCUCCAUCACUGUCCCACAUUUGACUGUGACACGGAAUCAUGUGAUCUUACAAGCUUUGCUGCAGCCUGUUUUUUGCCUCUUGCCUUACAUUUAUAUAUCAUGUUUUGUCGCUGUCUUUUUUGUCUCCAGCUUCUGGUGGUGCUUGAUUUGAAAACACGAUUUCCUGUGCAUUAGAGUUUGUGCCAUUCAGCUAGUUUUAAUGACUCAUCACUGCCCCCUGCUGAUUGGCGUAUCUGAAGUGUGCAGCUUCACAUAAAUACCGUACAUUUCUAUUAGGUAAAAUCUAUGGCCUGGUUCCUCUUUAAGUAAAUAUGUUUCUACAUACAGGAUAUCUAUGCACCUGUACAAUACAAAUUAAUUUUGCACUAUUAAAUAUCCAUUCCAUCUAAA